CUGGUCCGACAGGUGAUGAUCACGCGUGACGUGUGCCCGGAGGGCGCCUAUCAGGUGCGGCUCUGUCACGACGGCCGGUGGCAGACAAUCCUAAUCGACGACCUGUUGCCGUGCGAUCGGUACCGGCGACUGGUCUACUCGCAGGCGGCGCACCGGCAGCUAUGGGUGCCGUUCAUCGAGAAGGCUGUCGCGAAAAUGUACGGCUGUUACGAGUCGUUAGUGGCCGGCCGGGCGGUGGAGGGCCUGUCGAUACUGACGGGCGCGCCGUGCGAUACACUGGAGCUGGAGAUGGACGGCAGGGAACCCCUGGACGAAGACCUGGUGUGGGCCCAACUGCUCAGCUCACGGAUGGCUGGCUUUUUGAUGGGCGCCUCCUGUGGCGGAGGCGCUAAUAAUACGAUCACUGAUAGGGCCUAUCAGGCCGUGGGUCUGAGGCCACGGCACGCGUACUCUAUAAUGGAUGUACAGGCGGUGCCCAGCGUGGCUGGCGGUAAGGGUAGUGGUCACCGAUUGGUCCGUUUGCGUAACCCCUGGGGCCGGUUCUCGUGGCGCGGCGACUGGUCCGACGAGUCCAGCCUAUGGACACCCGCCCUCCGGAGUCAACUUCAGCCCAACGGUGCGACCGAUGGUGUCUUCUGGAUGUGUUUCGGUGAUGUGUGCAAGUAUUUCGACUCAAUAGACAUAUGCAAAGUGCGCCAGAAUUGGCACGAGUGUCGCAUUGAGGGUAAAUUUCCCGCUACCGGUGCCCUCACGGAUGACCUGACAGUGAUUUUGGUGACAGUGACUGAGCCGACGGAAGUGGAGCUGUGUUUGUAUCAGUCCGGCCACCGGUCUUCAGCCCAUGACAGCCAUAGUCACCACAAACUGGAUCUGUUUGUGGCAGUGUUUGGGUUCAACGGUCUGGUCGGGCGACUGGUCUGCGAGAGUAAGCGUCAGGUGAAGAGUUUUGUCUCGUGUCAUGAGAUACUGGAGCCCGGCGUGUAUGCCGUGGUUACCAUUUCUUUCAACCACUGGCACAACGGUGUUAGUGAUUGUCCGCCGUAUUUGUUGGCCAUUCAUAGCUCGAAGAUUAUGCUGACGGAGAGGGUGUCUCCGCCCCGGUAUAUAAUCGCCGACUGUCUCAUUGGGCUGGCGCUGGCCAGGGGUCGUAAGCAUGAGUGCAGUGAAGGUAUAACCGCUUACUAUCUGACUAAACACUGGUCAGGACUGGUGGUGAUGGUGGAGAACCGACACCCGACCACAUAUGCACAGGUUAUAUGCAACUGUAUGGACAGUGUGAACGUGGUGUCUACCAGAUCUACGUUAAAAACAGCAGACAGUAUACCACCACUUCAUAGACAAAUAGUGAUUGUGUUGACCCAUUUGGAGGGCACCGGAGGUAUGAUAAUACACUAUCAACUGACACAUCGGGCCACUCAUCAGAGAUCGUUAAACGAUUGGGGAAAUAAUGGGGUAAUGAGUGGACUGGAGGGCAGUCGAGACAGCGAACACAUACCGGUGCUCGACAACAGUGUCCGUGAAUUGCAUUCUCCGCGUCCGCUAUAA